AUGGCGGGCUAUUUCGAUCAUCAAAGCCAACCGCAGAUCAACCACGACAUCGCUUCAUCUCAGACCGGGCAAAACUCAACGAGUCAACAUCUUCCCCAUACCGCAGCCGGUCAUGGUAAUGGCGACAGCAGCUACGUUCCCCGCCCCAAGCGAAUCGCAUGUGCAGUCUGCCGCCGGAGGAAGUUGAGAUGCGAUGGAAAGAAACCCAGCUGCGGCACCUGCUCGCGGUUGGGCCAUGAAUGCACAUAUGAUGAGGCGCGGAAGAAGAGCGGUCCAAAGAGAGGAUACGUGAAGCAGCUGGAAGCUCGUUUGGCUCAAGUUGAAACGUUAUUGAAGACACAGGAGCCGAAUGCGCCCAGUGCGCCACAGAACCAAGCGCCUAGCUUUCCGGUUUCUCUUCCGAAUGAGACUAUUGACAUGGGCGACAUGCAUGCGAUGGGAGCGAACAUGCCCAAAUCGACUUCCCCGAUCGAGAAUCCUCAAGCGACCGGGCCCUCGUCAACUUUUACUCCGGAAGGGGUCGACGCAACGAACAAUUUCGGAUGGGAUAUGAUCAGUUUAGGUCUGGAGGAGCCGCUCCCUGCUCGCGAGGUUAUGGAUGAGCUGAACCGAAUCUAUUUCGAAAAGACUCAUGCCUUUAUACCGAUUAUACACCGUCCGAGAUUUAUGGCCGCCAUGGAUUUUGCCCCUAGCUCACGGCCUCCAGCAUGCCUGCAGUACAUCGUAUGGUGCCAUGCGGCUGCCGUCAGCGAAAGGUAUUCGAACUUGCAUGCGCUUUUCUACCAACGUGCUCGAAAGUACGCCGAAAUAGAUCAAAUGAAAGGCCUCGGAGAACACUGUCUUACUCUGGCGCAUUGCCAGGCCUGGCUCCUUAUCGCUUGCUACGAGUACAAGAUGAUGUACUUCCCUAGAGCAUGGAUUAGCACGGGUGUGAGUGCUAGGCUGGCCAUCAUGCUCGGCUUGCACCGCUUAGAUGGUGAAGGCCUCGAAGUGAAGCAAUGCCUACCACCGCCAAGGGAUUGGGUAGAGAAGGAAGAGCGACGGAGGGUCUUCUGGAUGACGUUUGCGAUUGACAGAUAUGCAAGUAUCGGGACAGGAUGGCCCACUUGCGUCGAUGAGAGAGAUAUCAUGACGAACCUUCCAUCGAGCGAAGAAGCAUUUAUCAACGGCAAAUUAGAGAAGACUGCCCGUCUUAGCGAAGUGUUAGCGGGCGAUCAGCUGGCCGGACUAUCACCCUUCGCGAGUGUUGCAUUUGUCUCCUGCCUACUGGGCCGAAAUCUCACUCACCUCCAUCGCCCGGAGCCGGAGGAUAAUGAUAAUGAUCUCAACGGAGUCUUCUGGCAGCGCCAUCGGUCCCACGACAAUAUUUUACUCCAUUUCGCACUCUCGAUGCCGAGCCACUUGCGUCUGCCUGCUGGAAUGGCUGAUUCGAACGUCCUAUUUUGCAACCUAGCAGUACACACAUCCACCAUUUGUCUUCAUCAAGCUGCGAUCUUCAAAGCAGAGAAAAACAGAAUGCCGGAACAGAUCAUUCUGGAGAGCAAGCGAAGAUGCAUCGUUGCCGCCGAUCAGAUUUCCAGCAUAAUGAAGAUGGUCAGCUCUCUGGAUAUUAGUAAAAUGAACCCCUUCAUAUCAUUCUGUGUCUAUGUUGCGGCCCGCGUCUUCGUGCAGUACCUGAAAUUCCGCCCGGAUGAUAUGGCCGCUCGCUCGUCGUUACAAUUCGUCUUCUCCGUCCUGGACGCUUUGAAGAGUCAGAAUCCACUCACCGAGUCUUUCCUCGUUCAGCUUGAAGUUGAUAUCGAAGGAACUCCGUUCCAAGAUAUUCGGCUAGCACCAAAUCCUCAGAGGUCUUCAAAGGACUUUUGGGAGGAGCAUGCAUUUCACGACGGGACUGGUACGGCUGCCACGCCUGCAAUCCCGACUUCAGCUAAACUUCGACAUCCCGCUCUCGGCGUAGAGGGCAGACUCGCUUCAUGGGACCCUACCACUGCACCUCAACGGGCAAAUCUACCCGUUUGUCUUCCCCGUCUUCCCCAACGACCACGACAACAACCGCAGUCCAAUCCCGUCGCCAACCCACAAUCACAACAACCCUCUUCCAUAAACAUAAGCAACCUUCCAAGCUUCAGCAAAGCCCCCUUCGUUCCCGGAGAGUCAUCCGGCGUCCUCUUCGACAUCGAGCCCCCCUCCCGCUUCCUCGACGUGACCAACUCUGCCGCGGAGAGCUCUACCCCAUCAACAAUGAACUCCUCAUCCAGCACCUCAUUCAUGAGAAACGAGCAAUCGGCCUCGCCGAAACAGUCUCAGCCCUCAUCAUCCGUAGCGACCUCCGUCCACGACUCGGCUGGUGGGGGAGGAGGUCUCGAGGGAACGAACGUCAACGCAUUCGUGGGCAAUGCAGCUCCAGUCGAUAAUGUCAUGUUUCCCACCAUGAAUCAACUUAAUCCGUCCGGUGCCGACCGAUCGCAGACUGCGCCGUCUGCAUGGGAUUUUCCGAUCAAUGUCACAGGUGAUCCGAAUGAUCCUAAUGCUGAGGUCAUUGAUCUGAUGGCGGCCGACAUGGAUGGGUUUAGCGGGGCACAGUGGGCGCAAAUUUUGGGCUCAGGCGGUUGGAAUCCUUGA